AUGGGACUUUUCAAUUUCUUGAAAACGACGCUUCCUACGAGGAUUAUGGCUUCAGUACUGAUGUCUCUUUCGGCAAUGGAAUCAAUGGCAGCAGCCAGAGUAACGUCCAGGCAUCGCCCAUUGCACACAUGUGGAGUUUCAAUCUCAGCAAUUGUUCACAAAGCCUACACAAAAGCACAAGAUUUUGAUGGACCCAUAGGUUCAAUGAUAAAUAGGAUAGAUAAGUUGACCACUUCAGCCUUUCCAUUGAUACAUGCCAUUCAACGUCGAUGGCUAGCAGUCCUCUCCUUUGCUGAUGAUCAUAUUCUAGCUGUUGAAAACGUGAUGGAGGCCCUUUUCCCACCAUCAGCCCGUCUAUUCAAUCAGAUUGACAAGCUCAUUCAAACUGCAGAAGCCUUACCAGGAAAAUUUGAUGAUGUAGUGAACAAAUUCCCAAUAAUUAUACGCCAAAUUCCAUUUUUAGAUUGGGCAUUAGUCCAUCUCAUAUUAUGGUUGAAUUUCUUGAUCUCUACAUUAACUCACUGGGGAUCGCACAAUACAAGGGAGAAGGAGAUUGUGAUCGACAUAAGCUGCAACAAUCUCAACAAUGACGUUCAUAAGCCAUCUUCGAUAUCUGAUGAGACCAAGACAGUUGGAGAAGCACAAUGCCUGCCUGAAUCUCCAUCUGAUUCUUCGCGAGAUGAAACGAUGAAAGUUAGCACUAAAGGUGCUCAAUGUGAGAAUGUUGUGACCUCAUCUCCCCAAAGUGGAGGUAUAAAGUGCAGUUACAAGGAAAUUCUAGAGAAAGGGACCAAAGGAAGCAUAGAAAAGACAGAUGCAAAUAAGAGCAAUGAAGACAUCACAUUGGAGGAUCCAAUUCUAGAGUUAUUUGAGGCAAGUUGGCACAUGAAUCCAGGAAAAGUGGGUAAAGGUAACUCAUUAGCCCGUUUUGUUUCAGACACGUGA